AACUGUGUGUUUGAUUUCCGUUGGACAUAUCUUUUGUGUUGAAUAAGUUAAAGCCGGAUUAUUAUAAUGGCCAAUAUCAAACGCCAAUUUAAUUUUCAGGAAUCGCUGAAUUGUUCGCAAAGCUCUGGCGAUCGGAAAGCAAAGGUUCGAAAAACGAUUGAAGUCACUCGUUCGACUCGUUACACGGAGAUUGUGGAAGGUAAUAGUGCACGGACGGAGCAAAACGAAGUAAUGGUUGGACAUACUCAGUUCAUCAACACUCAAGAUACCGACACACAGCACAAUAAUUGCAAUACUGGUCUUGCUCUCAUGGACGGUAGUUUGAAUAACAUCCAGGAAACGAUGGACGACGACAGAGAAAGAUUUAUUUUGUCCUGUCGGGAAUCAGCUGAUUCGUAUCUAAAACGAUUGGACCAGGUAGAAAUAAAACUCGAGGCAAAUGCAAAGUUGGUCAUGAAAUGCAAGAAGUUUGAAGAAAAUAUGCUGAAGGAAAAUGACGACAUUCGUAAAGGGCUGCAGGAGCUGCUAGAGAUGAGCCGCAAAAAGCAUACCCUACGUGAGGAAACACUCGCUAUGUUACUGGACAAAUUUUAAUAUUCUUUUGAAAUGAAAAAUUGUCUAAUAUUGUUGAAAUAAGCUAGACGAGGUAUUUUGUAGUAAAUAUGUCGAAUUCCAUUCCAAAUCCCUAUUGAGUAACCACAGCAAACUGCAAAUGGAAAUGAAAUUACAAUAAA